GUGUUUACAUCCAAACCCUGUUCAAUGCCAGAGAUGCCCAACGCUAUAUAGUUGCAAAUGCAAAAACGGCAUCGGAUGGAAGCUUUGACGAGAGACGGUCUCCCUCUCCCCCUAUCAUCUCUGCGUCUGUUGGUUCCUCCACUGCGGCUGGUGUCUGCAGCUCUAUGGCAAGUUGUUCAGCAGAGAGACGUAAUGGACUACGGGUUGGUGGAGGAGUUUGUCACCACUGUGUUGGAGAUAGUUCCUGAUAUGAUGAGUUACAGGGAUAGAGUCCAACUCAUCAUGGGGCUGCGAGCACAGCUGGUUCUGGAGUUGUGUCGCUCUGAUCACCUAGCCAACCCUGAGACCAUCCAGCCACAUCUGAACAGGAUGAAGACCUGUAUCAUCACUCAUAGGGACAAGGAGAUUUCUGAUCCAGAGGUGGAAGCGUCAGAAUCAAACUUCCUGAAGCUGAUUCAAACUCUGCUGGAAGACCCAGUCGAGAAGGAAUACUUCUUUCAGAGUGUGUUUUCAGAGGAAUUUGGCGCCAAGUAUAACUCAGCACUGCAGACUCUGGUGUGGGAGUUCCUCUCCAGGCUGGAGAAGCUGCUUCCAGCACCAACCCUUCAACAGACGGCAUCUUGGUUCCUACCUGACCCCUCUGUCCUGGAGGAGUGUGUGCAGUGUGUAUCCCACCCUCAGCCUUUGAAGACCCUUCUCCAGCACCACAACAAUACAUGUGGACAUGUAGACACCAAUGGUCUGUUUUCUGGCGACAAUCAAAUCCCAAUCGAAGCUGACCCAGAGGUCCAAUCAGAACCUGUGCAGCAAUGUAUGAGCCAUGUCUCAUCUGACAAUGAGUCAGACAUGACCCCUUUGUUGGAACUGGGGAUUGAUUCAGACCGAACUGUGCACAAAGGGGUGGAGCCUGUGCACAAAGGGGUGGAGCCUGUGCACAAAGGGGUGGGGCCUGUGCACAAAGUGGUGGAGUCUACUUCUUUAGAGGUAGGGCAUAUAUACAAUGAAACUACAGAGAAAAAUAUUAAACACAACACACCAGGUAAAGAGCUAGCAAAAUAUAUGCAAAAUAAUACAUAUUUUCACCACCUUAACACUGACAGUGGGCUGAAAAUCCAAGGAAAAGCCCACAGCAGCCAACAGGAAGUGCAGGACAUUUCUAGUUUAUCUACUUCCUGUUGGCUCCAUCAGCCAACAGUGCAGCUGCACAGACUUGACAUUGCUGAUAUGCUUUUACCUGUGACGGAGGUCUAUUCAACACCGAGGAGAGAGAGUCUUCAGAUUGACAAAGUGGGAUCCCAAGGACAGAGAAGAGGACAGGUCAUAUCACAAAAUAGUGAGAGGAAUAUCAAUGAAGAGCCCUCUGAUGGUCAACCUCAGUAUUCUCUGGCCCCUGACCCAUCCCUUACCACAGGGCAGCCUAAAAGAAGCAAGCGUGUCAAAAUAUGCUCCUUGUGUAGAAAGACUUUCAGCGAAGCAAAGGAUUUGACGGCACACAUAAGAUGUCACAAUGAGCAGAGCCCUUCCAAGUGCACCCAGUGUGGACAAGACUUUGAACACCAUGAGGACUUACAGAAACAUCAGCAGAAUGUGUGUGAGGCGGCAGCUCAACCAGAAGAGGACAACAUGUCUACGGCAUCUUUUAAGGAGGAUAACAUGUCUAUGACAUCCGUGGAGGAUCAGACGGAGCUAGCAUGCACGGAGCUAUCAGAGUCGUCCAAAGCCAGGACAUGCCGUGUGUGUCAUAAAACUGUCUAUAGUAGAAAUUAUUUGAGAAAGCACCUGAAAUCCCAACACGGUCAACUCCUGAAGAUACACAAGAAACACAAAACAUUUUUCUGUUGCUCUUUGUGUAAUAAGACCUUUGGAUGCAGAAAUAAUUUAAGAAAGCAUCUGGAAUCCAAACACAGUCAACUCCUGAAGAUGCAUAAGAAACACACAAAUAUUAUCUGUUGCAUUAUGUGUAAUAAGUCCUUUGAUCUUUCUGAGCCAAACAAGUGUGAGGUGAACCAACAGCACCUCCUCAGGAAGGCACAGCCAGAGGCCAACACACUUAUAGCUGCAGUGAUACCACAACCCUCAAGCACUACAUCCCAGAACCCAACAACCUCCAAUGCUCUGCCCAUUCAGGCACAGUUCUACAAUGACUACAGAACAUGUCUUUUGUGCAAUGAAACUUUCGAUACUGCAGAGACCAUGAGAAAGCACCUAAGAUUUCAACACAAUAUACUGUCUUACUUGUGCCACGAUUGUGGGGAAAGUUUCCCAAGCAAAUUAGAUCUUCAGAAACACUCAAAGAAUUGUUUGAGUAUUCCAGAUUCAAGAAAAUGUCAUGAGUGCAGGAAAAUUACUCCUCAAACAACGCAGCCGCAAGCAAACAUUUGUCAGGAGAUGAACCAAAGACAACAGCAACUACCUGCAGGGGGAAAUGAGAUGGAGAUCCCUCAGUCCUGCAACACAGACGUUAAGUCCUUAAAUGACUUGCAGCAAUGCCAGCCAAAUGAGUGGGAGAAGAUUCACUUUCAGAGAGGACAGCAAGACUGGAGUGAGGAGGUUGAUCCAAACCAGCAUCCAGGGGAGGUUGAUCCAAACCAGCAUCCAGGGGAGGUUGAUCCAAACCAGCAUCCAGGGGAGGUUGAUCCAAACCAGCAUCCAGGGGAGGUUGAUCCAAACCAGCAUCCAGGGGAGGUUGAUCCAAACCAGCAUCCAGGGGAGGUUGAUCCAAACCAGCAUCCAGAGGAGGUUGAUCCAGCCGACAGAAGCAGUUGUCUGAUUCCAAGGGAGAAUGGGACAGAGAUUCCCCAGAGCCAUAGCACUUCACCCCAGAACCCAACAACCUUCGAUGCUCCCCCCACUCAGACGCAGCCACCUGGCAUCUCUCCCCCAGCCUCGCUAAAAUCUAGAACAUGCCCUUUGUGCUCAAAAUGUUUUGCUUAUAAAAAGACCAUGAUGCAGCAUCUGAGACGUCAUUCACAGGGUCAGGGACCCUUCAUGUGCACCAUAUGUUCAAAGAGCUUUGGUACCGCCAGCGAUUUGAAGAGACAUCAGGGAAUUAAGAGCGGUUGUGGGCCAAAUCAUCGUAAUCUCGUUGUACCUGAGAAUGUUCCCACAGAACAAAAAACUGUCUUCUCCUGCCCCCAUUGUCAGGGACAGUACACGAGUGAAAAAAAAAUGAAAGCACACAUGGUAUGUCACACAGGAGAUGGGUUCACCUGUAGGUUUUGUGGCAAGAUAUUUGCUGAAGAUAAGAAAUUACGCAAUCAUGUUCGUUCUCAUAUUGACAGACGACAUCUAUGUGACACAUGUGGUAAAGAUUUUACAUCUUUGUCUAACUUGAAAAAACACACACUUGUACACACGGGAGAACAGCCGUACAUUUGCCCAGACUGUGGCAAAAGUUUUAGUCUGAAGGGUAACCUGAAAGUCCAUCAACAGAGUCAUACAGGAGAGCGGCCAUUUGCGUGCACAAUGUGUAAAAUACGCUGUUUCACUCAGACUCAUCUAAAACGGCAUAUGUUGAGGCACACAGGAGAGAAGCCUCAUAAGUGUUUGGCUUGUGGGAAGACAUUUCAACGGAAAAACACAUUGAGGAAACAUCAGCAAGAUUCGUGUUCUUAGUUCUUGGCUUUUACACACUGCCUUCUUGAGAUGCAGACUCAGUCAUACUUUUUUUUCGCUCAACCUUGAUUACAUUUAGUUGAGGACAUUAAUGGCUUGCAAUUGGUUGUAGGUUCUAGUCAACAGACAAGUAGGCAUCCAUCUUUUGCUACUUUAACAUUUUGCAUAUUUGUAAUAUCUAGCAGUUUUGUGUGUGUGUGUGUGUGUGUAAAGGAUAUUGUCAAUGGGUUGCUGUACAAUGCUGACAAAAAUAAUAUAUAUUCUGUUUUGUGUCAAAUGUUGCCUUUUUUUUCUGUCAGCAUUGUACAGCAACCCAUUGACAAUAUCCUUGACAAACUGCAAAUGUAACUCUACAAGAGAGAUUGAAAUAAGCACAACAUAGGUAGACCGUAUGCAUUUUGAAUGUAAACAAGUAUAAAUUCUCACCACUCCAUUUUGUUAUUGUGUUUAACAAUGCUCAUGUGCUGUGACCUUAUUUAAUAUUAUGUAUUGAUUUCUUCUUCAGUCUUUAUGCCAUGUGCACUGCACAGAACACAGGAAGUAUAAUAACUGAAUUAUUGUAAUGUUUGUGUCAGUUUAAUCCUGUAAGGGAUGGAUUGCCAACUGGCAAUUUGACACAAAAAUAAAAUGUCAUUCACCACAA